AGGCUUGUGUAAGGAAGAAACUCUACUGCUCAGAGGGGCUACAAUACCAAAAGGUUUAGUAUGAUUCUACAGUGCUGCCAAAUUCACUGCCAUUCUCCUAAGUUCUACUGAGUAAACAGGGAGAUUCACUAUCAGCUAACUCAUCCACUGGGUGUAUUAUGGUACAUAUUACUUGUACAACUCUUUACACUUAUUUGAAAGGAGGCAAACAAUAAGAAAAGUAUUUGAAUUUGCAAAUAAGUCAAACCUCUCAAUAAAAAACUAGGAAAAAAUCCUUUCCAUUAUGGGGGGAAAUCAAGUGGGGUAUUUUUCUUGAAUACUGUACAGAAACCAGACAAGUCAUAUUUCAAUCUAAUCCCAAAGGAUAAGUGGAUGAUAGAUUUUUUAUUUUUUGAUUUUGAUCAUGAGGACAGUUGAUUAUUACUGCGCAUCAGCCCAUGACUCUGCAGCCUAGUUUUGAUUUUCUUUAUGUAAAAAUCAACAUGGGAGAACCAGAAUGUGUACACAGACUAGCUGUGUUGACAUUUUUAUUUUAUUUUUUUUCCUUUUUUGCUCCAGUACUAGCAUCACAGACUGGCAAAGAUGACAAAUUCAAGCCUUGUUACCCAGGUAACUUCUCUGUUUCAGUUCAGUAGCUGCAUCAAUUACACUGAAGAUUUGCAAUCACUAUAUAUAAAAGCAUGUUUCUGUAAAGCUACUGUUAUCUUGUGAAUUCAAAAUCUAAAACUAGUGGUUUUUAAGUAUCUGUAGCUUGGACUAAAGAAAUAUGACACAAAAAUAAAUUGUUAUGGCAAAAUUUAUCAAAUGAAUACAUUUUUUUUUUCAAUUUUAAUUGCUAUUGAAGGGGAAUCAUCACUCUUGAUUUCAGCAGAGGUAAGGUAUACAAAAUGCACAUACAGACUGGAAAUUAUGGUUUUUAAUUACUGUAACUGUCUCUGGAAAAUACCAGUACCUCCUGUUAUACCUGUCAACUUUAUACUUACAUUUAUAUGAAUUUUUUCCGAAAGUGUUGUAAAAAAUCAUUUUUGAAGAACCUAUUAAUUACUUUCAGCAUAUGGUUAAAAACUUGCCUCUUAACCCUUGAACUCCCAGAAGUGAUCAAAAAGUAACUUCUCCCUUUAAUAUCUGUACAUUAUUUAGCAAACAGGUAAUUAGAUACUCAAACUGAUCAGGAAGAAGUUGUUGUCUUGAUUUAACACCAAAUUCUAGUAAUUAGUUUAAUAGAAAAGAUGCAGCAACUAGAGGGGAGAAUUAACAAUCUGAUCUAAGGAGUUAAAUGGGAUAAGACAUUCAAAGGUGUUUGAAAUGCAAUUCAGAGGUGUAUCAUAUGUUUCAAUAAAGAUAACCUCUUCUAUAGCUGCAAAGGCCCAUAUUCCUUCUAGAAACAGACCAAAACAUUUGAAACCUAAGGGGCUGUGUUGCUUAAUUCCAAUCUCAGCUUCUAUUACAGACAAUGUUUCGUGAUGGAACUUAUUUUGUGAUUGGAUAAAAACUGUUCAGUUCACUCAGUAUGGUUGUAUAUUCACCAGAGCUAACAUUCAUGUAAUUUUCUUUGUAAAGGAUACUUACCAUUUUGAAAAGAAACAAGUUGCUAUAAAGAUAAUGAAUUUGGAUUAUUCCAGACUUGGAGCUUAGGUACACUGUAUCUGUCUAUAGAGUUUAAUAUGCAUACAGCUGUAAGUGAUAAGGUACAUUUCAGACAAGCAAGCUACAAAUGAAUCUGUUAUAUACAGAGCUGAGAGUGCUACUGAAACUGCAACCACUGAAAAGAGCUUGUAUGCAAGCAUGUGUACCUUGACAUGAGGUAUACAUUGUCAGUGGAAACUGUUCAAGAUGAAGUGUAUAAUUAUGUUCAUGCAAAGAUCUUUGGGCUGAUUUCCUGCGAGGUAAAUUAGAUUAACUUACUAUCUACUUUGUAUUACAUGAGUUUUUUUUUUAUUUACAAAACUGUUGUAGGAGGCAGAUUGCAUUCAACAGCUCAGCAAGGCUGAUCCUCUCCGUGUUUCCAGAACUGUCCAGUUGUUUGUAAGUCACGAAUGUAUGAUCCUUUUUGAGUACUGAAUCACAUGAAACAAAAUAUCUGCAUGUUGUUAAAUUGGACUGAUUUUAUACAGUCACUGUAAGUAUCACUCCACCUUUUUGAUACCAUAUCAAAAAUCAUGAAAAGAGAAGAAACUGACCCUACUGAAGGACAAAAAUGAUGUAAACUCAAUAGUAUUAAACACCACCGGCCUUAACUGACAAGGAAAUUCGACCAAUGACCUUGGAUUGAGAAUGGUGAAUGCUUUGCCUUUCAUCCAUCAACUUGACAGAGUGGUGCAAACUAGGUUUUUUGCAUGUCAACACUUAGUUGGCAGUGAAAAAGUAUUGUAAUUUACUUGUAUGCAGUUACAGCUUUUCUUGUAAAACACCGCAGUCUUAAUAUUAUGAUUUCCAAUUGGUUCUUUGUUUUACAAUAAUUGUAACAUAGCACUGAUAUAUUUGGUACAUGAGUGCAAGAAUGUAUUCUAUGUAGAGGACCCAGUUCACUGACCUUGCAUUUUUGCCAAUUUGACAUAUUUGCUUGUGGAUUUUUAGAAUGUUUUCAGUUUUGAGGGCCAUUACUGCUUGGUUUUUGAGCUGUUGAGACCUCGGCCACUCCAUCAAUACUUUCAGGUUGGUUAAAUUAUUAACAGUUUAAUUUAGUAUUAUCAACUGAGUUGAUAACGUAAAUUGGCCUCUGUUAAGAGUUUCAAAGCUGAUGUUUCAAGCAUUAGCCCUCUGUCAAAGGGAAUGGUGAAGGGCUAACAUUCGAAAUGUCAGCUUUGAAAAUCUUAAUGGUGGCUAAUUUAUGUUAUCAAUUCAGUUAAUAAUACCAAAUUACCUUGUUAUACUCUCCCACUGAUACAGUGCUACGGUUUGCUUUAGAAAUUUACUGGCUUUAUUGAAUUAUAAACAUGCUGUUAAGGAAUCCAAGAGCUUUCCCUUUAAAUCAAUUACUCUGCUUUGUACUGUUGUAUCUCUACUGAUGUAAGUAUUAUAUUUUAAAUCAUCUUCUUUACAGAAAUGUCAGUUUGAUAACGAGGUAUGAGUGUUUAAUGUAUUACCAUCUGUGCAUUGUAUGUUUUCAUUGUUAAAUUGAUUGUCAUCUUUGUGAACAACAUGAUUGAUUUAAUAUACAUAUUUUUGGCAAGAUCAUCAUCUAACCAUGUACAUUCUGUAAUAUCAGUCACUCAACAGUGUUUUCUUGAUUUUGUUUACUAACAGGAUGACAAACUGAAAGUCAUCAGGAAAAUAACUUUUCAAGUGAGCAAACCUUUUUUUAAAUUCUUAUAAAUACUUUUGAUUUAAGUUAUUUCAAAUACAAUUGCAUCAGUUUUCUUUUGUCAGCUAUAAGAACUUACAAAGACCAUUUUAAAGUUACCUUUCAUGAAGAUGAAACUUGUUGUGCGUCAAAUGUAUUGAAAUCAAAAUAAUAGUUUUUUUUAUAUAAUAAAUUGAUGUGGUUAUUUGCUUGUAGCUCUUACAAGCUCUUGGAUUCCUAAGGAGGUAAGAUUAUCAAUAGGUGUUCUUCUUAGAUUCUCUAAAAUUACUCAUCUGUACCCACAAGUGGCUUCAUUUUAUUUCAUUGUUAAGGGACUCUUCUCUUGCCCAUCUUUUGGUGAUGCCACCAUAUUGUUCCAGGUUGGAAGUGGGAUAUUUAUUCUGCAUUUUGGCAAAUAAAAGGGGAUCUUUUCCAAAGGGGGGUGCUCAUUUGAGAGGAGGGACUGAUUUCAUGAUUUUAUGUGCUUUUCACUCAACUUUCCAUAUGAAUCCACAGACAGAAUGUCAUCCAUGCUGACUUGAAACCAGAGAACAUUCUUUUUGAAGAAGGUGAAGUGGUUUGUUUGCAACAAAUUGUCAAAAAAUUUGAUUUAACUUAAUGGACUUAAAAAGUGUUCCUUUUUAAAGAAAGUUGUAAUAUUUUGAUCUGGUUAAAUAUAAAUAACAGCUGUAGCAUUUUGUAAGAAAAACAGACCAAAAUUUUAUACAGUUUCUGAAGAUACACAAUACAGUGCUCAAUGAAAGACUAAUUUGAUGAAUACUCAGAGUUCAUAUCAGCUACAAUUAUUUGCCUAACAAAAAAUAUCAUGAAUAUAUCAUCCCAUUUUUGUUUCUGUCAUCAUGUAUAUGUCAUCAUGAUGGUGCCUGGAUGCCUUGUAUAGGGCCCCAUGUCUUAGUUGCAAACAUUUUGAUGCAUGGGAGCAGUAGGCUCGGAAUUUAUGGACUAAACCUUUUAUGGACGUAGCCUUUUUUACAUUGCUGACAGCCAACCUCCAUUGAGAGAUCUGGUUGUUAAUACACUGUAAUAAAACAACUUUUUUUGUAUAUGUAACAAUUUUAGUCACAGACCUGACCUGGUGGAUAUUUACCUCACUGCUUCGCAGCUCAGUGAAUAUCCACCACUUUCACUGACACUGACAGAAGUGAAUAAAUUUGUUAGUAUAUACCACAUAGAUACCAAAAAAUUAGUUUAUUUCUUUCAAUAUACCCAAAACUGGUCAGAAAUCAAACUCUUAACAUGUGAUUUUGUCGCAUAGGCUGCAUGGAGGUGAAUAGUACUUGGUAUUCACUAAAUGGAACCUGAGCCAAUCAGCACAUGCAAAAAGCACUAUUUACAUGUUUGGUGUGUACUAAAAUUGUAUAUUAUAUUAACACACUGUAGGUGAUGAAACCAAGAUAAAAGUUGUUGACUUUGGAAAUGCAAUUCAUUUAUAGAGAGGUACAUGUGAUUUCUAUUAUUUGGUAGCUUUAGUGACUUAAUAUUAAAUGUGUGCAGCUAGAUGCAUCAGAAUUGUUGUACUGUAGACUUUAUGAACCCUGUACACCCUAACAUCAAUAUGCAUAUUCUCUAUACUGCUCUCCUACAUUUGCUGAAGCACUGACAAGGAGAAUUUCUUUAAAAUCAAGAGCUUUAUAACUUGGUGAUCAUUUCCUUGAUUCCUGUGACUUUAAUGUUUGAUUUAAGGGUGAUAAUGUAAGGAGAAAUUAGAAGCUGAUCAGUCUUAGAGGUUAAAGGGUUAAAAGAUCCUAUUCAAAGUAUAAUGAAAGGCAAAUUCUGUACAGAGGACAAGGGCUCAUACCAGCUGUGAAAAACUGUUUACAGAGUAUUGUGUACUAUGUGCUUACCCCUUUAACAUGUAACUUCUCCCAGGAAUAUCCAUACUUUAUCCAGCAAAUAGUUAAUGAGAAUACACAAACUUAUCAGGUAGAAGUUCUUAGGUUGAUCAAGUAUCAGAUUCUCAUAAGUAAUUUAUAAGAAAAUGUGGGGCAGCUAAAAGGGAGAAGCUACAGCCAUUUUGAUCGCCAUGGCAAGUGAAAAUAUAUUUGGUGACUAAAAUGAUGGCAAAAGUCACCAAAUGGUGACUAACAGAUAAAAAAAAAAAAAAAAAAAGAUGUAUUAUGAUGAGUUUGAACUACAAACUUUACUUUACAGAGCUCCUGAGGUAAAGUAAAGAUAUUGCUGUUUUCAUGAAUUAGAAGACAAAAUUAAUUUUACAUGUAGGUUACAUGCAUGCAACUCCAGUGCUUUCCUAAUCAAUCCAAGGGAAAUAAAGCAAGAUUAAACUAUUUUAUUUGGACUUGCAUGAACUGAAGUACUCUAUGAAAGAUGAUCAGUGAAGUUCUGCAGUUUUGUGUUUCAUAAAAUAACUUAAUGUGGUUGACCUGUUGCAGAUGGAAAAUUCUGUUCUGUGGUGACUAUCAUCUCAAGCAAUGUAUCAGAAAACAUAUUUCAACUCACACAACUAUUUUACCAUGAUUGUAUGUCAGGUGCAAAUGUAUGGGGGAUGUAAAUAUUAGGGCUGUUUUUAAGUGUUUGUUGGACGCUUGAAUUUUAAAGUUCAGUCUGUGGAAGAAGGUCCCACUAAAUGUUGUUUAAUGCAAUGAGGUACAGUGUCCUCCACUUGAUAAUGUUGAUGGCAGUCAGUUGAAACUGAAAACACUGUGUCAAUUCUUUCCAGGUGAUGUUUGGUGUUCCCUUUGGCCCUGAGAUUGACAUUUGGUCUUUGGGAUGCAUUGUAGCUGAGGUUGGUUAAUUGACUUGUAUGUUCUCGCCAUAAUUAAAAUAUCUUUAAUGAUUAUUAUACCAUCAGUCAGAGCCAAUAACAGAUGAUGCUUGACAGUUUUAUGAUGGAUAUUUCUCUGUAAGGAGGGAGGAGAACUCACCCAGCCAUUAAUGUUACUGGUGAGGAAAUGAAAUAAUGUCCUUUUAAUAUGAACAUUGGUUUCAGUUGUAUAUAGGCAAACCUUUAUUUCUGGGAGGAAAUAGGACUAAAGUGUUGCAAGAGGUAUGUUUUUGCUAUUUUUUUUUAUUAUUGGCACUUAUACAAGCUGUUUAUGAUCUAAGGUAACUAAUACACUAAUAAGAAUGCAGUAACUGCCUUUCUGGCUACACUUUAUUUAGACUUCCUCUACUUUGGGAAAGUGUGAAUCCAAACAAAAUUGCAAUUAGCUUGCAAUUCUUGACCUUCUGGUUACUGUACUUUGUAAGUUCAAUCAUUUUUUUUCCAAUUCUUUUUCAUGCUUGGUUGCAGGUAACCAGUAUUCUUGGUCCCAUACCUUGGAGACCAUUCCAUACUGGAAAAUAUUUUGAAGAUUUGUCACAGUUUAUAGGUGACCACAACUCAGGUAAAUUCAAUUUUAAGAUGAUUCAAAUGUAAUCAAGUUAUCUCAAACUUUUUUGGUAAUCCUUAUCUAGUCCUCAACAUCAGGUGCACAACUUAAAUAAACAAUUGAUUUAACCCUUUAACUCCUAAGAGUGACUAACAUCCAAUUUCUCCACACAACAUCAUCCCUGAAUCAAACAUCAAGGUCAUGAGAAUAAAGCAGAUGAUCACCAAAGAAGCUCUUGAUUGUUGUACAAAUUCUCCUUGUCAGAGCCUUAGGAAAUGUCUAGGGAGUAGUAUGGAGAAUAUGCAUACUGAUGUUAUGGAGUAAAGGGUUAAGAUACUAUAGCAAAAUAGCAAAAGACGACUUAUCCUUUGUAUGAGGGAGGAACCAGUGGAAAGAGAGCGAUGCUUAGAGGUGGUUCAAGUGAAAAUUAAAAAUAAUUCAUACGUGGGAAAAGAUUUUCUGAAAAAAAAAACAUCAUGCACAAUGAGAUGUCCAGGAAAAAAAGUAUCCUUUCAUUCACCUUUCCAACUAUUAUUUCUGCUCCCAAAAAAUGAAUCAACAAAAACGUCCAUAAAUACAAUAAAUUUUCACGGGAAAAAAAUCCCACAUAGAAAAUACUGUAGGAAUCAACACAUGUAGGCUCUUUACUCACUUAAGACUUUUUUUCAUUGCUUUUAGAGGACAAUCACCCGAAAUGUGUGAGUAAUGUGAUGCUAAAACUCCAUAAUUCAAGAAAUUUCUCUUUUGCACGUUUCUUAGUUGGCUUGCUGAAGUAUAAACCAGGUAAGUAUACGGAAUUAUCAUUAUGAUAGUUUGUGUAACUUUUACUUGAAACACUUUGUUUGUUACAGUCGUUAUCCUGCAAAACAAUGCCAAACGCACUGACACGUGAAAAACAAAAAACCAACCUUUGUUCUUUGCUUUGUAUCACGAUCUCAGGUGAAAGACUUACACCUUAUCAAGCUGCUGCGCAUCCAUUUUUGGCGUCAGAGUGUUCCUUUGCAAAUUUAUUGCCUCAACAACGAGAUAAGAAAACAGGUUUGUUCUUGCCUUCCAUUGAACUGCAUAAAUGCAAAUUGGCCCUAUGCCGUCGCCAUGAAACGAACUUCUGACAAAGAAAUUUACCUUUCACAUAGGAAUCACCUUUUUUACAGUUUCUCAGACUUCGUCGUUUAUGUAGUGACGACUCUGAUUUUUCUGAAAAAUCAGAGGCAACGUGUUAGUUUUUUGAUAAACGUGGCUAUCCUGUUUCUGUCGUUCAAGCGGGCCACCGCCGUGCCCAACAAAUUGAUCGACAUUCAGCACUACAAACGGUUCAGAAGGAAAAUGCCGAUCGCAUUCCAUUCACUCUCACAUUUCACCCUCACAACCACGCAGUUGAAUCUAUCAUUCUUAAAAACUUUCAAUUACUUCAAAACGAUUCAGAGACUGGUACGAUCUUUUCGCAACCUCCACUAAUUUCAUUCAAACGUGACAGAAACAUAGGCAACUUUUUGAUCAGAAGUUCAUUUCAAACCAGUGACUAACCUGGAACUUUUAAAUGCGCUCGCUCACGAUGCAAAACUUGAAUGAAGCAAGACUUGUUUUCAUCCGACAUCCCCCUGGAAGGUGUAGGGCAGUUAAUUUCAAGUUUGAUUAAGGUAUUGGGAAACCUUUAUCAAUCAGAAUAUAAUAAAAUACCUCUGUUACGUUAUUUCCAGAUGCUGGAAGCUGCGCAGACAUUUCGUUUCCUACUGAGUAUAACUUCAAACCAUACGUUGACGAGGAAGUCAAAAGGCAGCAUUUUUCUGAAACUGAACUCUUAAAGAAGGGAACUACUGUAACUGCUUCUUCACCAAAACACUUUCAGAGCAAACGGGAGAAUGCAGAAUCUCUGAGGACUGGAAAUUUACAUUGUUCUCAAAGAGAAAAGGUGACAAUUAAUGAGAAAUCUCGUCGGGAAGACCAGUGCUUCUAG